AGCGGCGGGAGCGCAGCGCAGGGAGCGGACGGGCCGGGAGCGGCUGUGGCGGCGGGAUGAGGAUGCGCGGGUUGUGGGUGCUGGUGCUGCUGCUGGGGCUGGCUCAGAUCGCCCUCCUGGCGCGGGGCGCGGCCGCACAAGAGGAGGAUGGCGACGGAGAAUCUGUUACAAAAGAAGCUGACGAUGAAGGUGAUGAUGAUGACGAUGAAGAAGAUGAGGAAGACGACGAUGAUUCUGUAGUUAAAGAGGAGAAUGGUGUGUUAGUCCUGAAUGAUGCCAACUUUGACACCUUCACUGCAGACAAGGACACCGUGCUGCUGGAGUUCUACGCACCAUGGUGUGGGCACUGCAAGCAGUUUGCUCCUGAGUAUGAGAAGAUAGCCAAAACUCUGAAGGAAAAUGACCCUCCUAUUCCUGUAGCCAAAAUAGAUGCUACUGCUGCCACUUCACUGUCGAGUCGUUUUGAUGUCAGUGGCUACCCAACCAUCAAAAUCCUGAAAAAAGGCCAAGCUGUUGACUACGAUGGGUCUCGGACAGAAGAGGCUAUUGUGGCCAAAGUCAAGGAGGUUUCUGACCCCAACUGGACCCCUCCACCCGAAGCUACUCUGGUAUUGACCCAGGAUAAUUUUGACGAAGUUGUGAAUGAUGCUGACAUAAUCCUGGUGGAGUUCUAUGCUCCAUGGUGUGGCCACUGCAAGAGGCUUGCUCCAGAGUAUGAGAAGGCUGCCCAGGAGCUCAGCAGGCGCACGCCUCCCAUCCCCCUGGCUAAAGUCGAUGCCACAGCUGAAACGGAGCUUGCAAAGAAGUUUGAUGUCACUGGCUACCCAACCCUCAAAAUCUUCCGCAAGGGCAAGCCUUACGACUACAGCGGUCCUCGGGAAAAAUACGGUAUUGUCGACUACAUGAUUGAACAGGCUGGUCCUCCAUCCAAACAGAUUCAGGCUACCAAGCAGGUUCAAGAAUUUCUGAAGGAUGGAGAUGAUGUCAUCAUCAUUGGUGUCUUUAGUGGAGAGAAUGACAAAACCUAUCAGCUCUAUCAGGAAGCAGCUAAUGGUUUGAGAGAAGAUUAUAAGUUCCAUCACACCUUCAGCAAUGAGAUUGCAAAACUAUUGAAAGUUUCUCCAGGAAAACUGGUUGUCAUGCAGCCAGAAAAAUUUCAGUCAAAGCACGAGUCCAAGAUGCACGUUCUGAAUCUUAAAGACUCUACAGAUGGAUCUGAGAUUAAAGAGCACGUGCUAAAACAUGCUUUGCCUCUGGUUGGUCAUCGCAAGCCUUCCAACGAUGCCAAGAGAUACUCCAAGCGUCCUCUGGUGGUUGUCUACUACUCUGUGGACUUCAGUUUCGACUACCGUGUUGCUACUCAGUACUGGAGAAGCAAAGUCCUGGAAGUGGCUAAAGACUUCCCUGAAUACGUGUUUGCUGUUUCUGAUGAGGAAGAUUAUUCUUCUGAAAUAAAGGAUUUGGGCCUGCUUGAGAGUGGAGAGGAUGUCAACGCUGCCAUUCUGGAUGAAGGUGGCAAGAAGUAUGCCAUGGAGCCAGAGGAGUUUGACUCUGAUGUACUCAGGCAGUUUGUGGUGGCAUUCAAAAAAGGAAAACUGAAGCCAAUUGUGAAGUCCCAGCCAGUGCCAAAAAAUAACAAAGGGCCUGUGAAAGUGGUAGUGGGUAAAACUUUUGAUACCAUAGUGAUGGAUCCAAAGAAUGAUGUUCUCAUAGAGUUCUAUGCCCCAUGGUGUGGACACUGCAAGAAACUAGAACCAGUGUAUAAUGAGCUAGGCAAAAAAUACAAGAAUGAGAAAAAUCUGAUUAUAGCCAAGAUGGAUGCUACUGCCAACGACGUGACGAAUGACCACUACAAAGUGGAGGGAUUCCCCACCAUCUACUUCGCUCCAAAGGACAAGAAGAACAACCCAAUUAAAUUUGAAGGCGGGGACAGAGAUUUAGAGCAUUUGAGCAAAUUUAUAGAGGAGCAUGCAACAAAACUCUCCAGAACAAAAGAAGAGCUUUAGAUAAGAUGAGGGUGGAGAAGAAAAGUUGUUUGUACAAUGUAGUUAAAAUCAAGUUACUGACAAAACUUGGUGAGAGAAGAAUUAAGCAGUUUUGAGCAAAGAGAUUCUUGAGCAGUAAAGCAAUUUAAGUAUCUUUUUCUUUUUUUUAUAUGGCAGAUGAGUUUUUUUCUGGACACUGAACUUAAUACUCUAAUAUGAAUGUCUUAUGUUAGUUACGGUUUUGAUCUUUGGAGAAAAAUACAUCCUUUAUUUUUUGUGACUA